AUGCCGCCCUUGGUCCCUCCUACGCGACGCUCGCGCAACGGCUGCAUCGACUGCCGCAAGGCAAAAGUCAAGUGCGAUGAGAUUCGCCCCUCAUGCGGAACUUGCGCUCGACGUAGGCUCGUGUGCCAGGGAUACAAGACGCAGCCCGGCGCUGCACAGCAUGCCAGGCACUCACCCUCGUCGCUGCUGGCUGCCGGUGCUGGUGCCAGUAAUACUGCCGCCGGAGCAGCAAAGGAAUCAGUGCCGGGAUUUGCAUCAAAAUCUCCGGACCUCCUCUCCGUAGCCGUCUCCGCCGGACACCCCUUCGAGCUGCUGAUAGGUCACGAGUUCGUGUGCGAGAUGAACGCCAACAUCGUGAUGAUGCUGCAGCAGGAUCCGGUGGUGAUUGCUGACACGAUUUCGGCUAUUGGCUACUCAUAUGAUGUCGGCAGCUCUUCUGCGGCGCUGCUGCCGGUACUGAAUCGGAGGGCAAAGAUCCUCGCUAACCUGAGGAAUAUGAAGCCCUCGACUCACUACUUCGAAGAGGCGCUCUUCCUGCUUCUCGGACUGUGUGCAAUGGAACUCGUCACUUUGGCACAACCUGGACACCAUGCAACCAUACCCACAGUCCUAUCAAACGUGGCCUCACUUAUCAGUCACCACGUCUCUACGGGGGGCGACGUAUCUUCCGUCGCGAGAUACUACCUCAGAGCACUGGCGAGACAAGACCUUGUUGUCUCCUUGAUCCAGCUCCGGCGUCCUAGAGUUCCCAGCUACGUUUGGCUGGAAAACGAAGCGGCUAAACCAGACCGUCUUCUUGGGUAUACCGUUACCCUCAUGCCGUUGCUAGAGGAGCUCUGCACUUUAGCCGAAGAGGUCCGCGACCAGAUCCUUCAGCCUGCUUUUGGAAAUACCCUCUUGGGUGGUGGCAGCGCAACAUCGCCGACAGGCACAGAGGAACGGGGUUCAUCGUCUCCGCCCGUAUGCGUCGACAGCUGGCUCGACGCCGGCUACUCCAACCUCGCCUUCCGCGCCGACUCCCUUCGCCUGCGCCUCGAGUCCUGGAAGCCCACAAUCUCAGACAGUCUUUCCUUCCGCUCAGCGCGCAAAUUCCGCGCCCAGGCUGCCUGUUACCGCGCGGGCGCUCUCCUCUACCUGCACCGGCUCUUCUGCCUCCCCGGGUCCACGGCGGACGCGGACGGCGAGGCGUUGAGCAAGGCCCACGACGUGAUGCUGUACACGAGCGGACCGCCCUCCGAGUCCAAGAUGCUGCUGUGGCCCGUCUUCAUGGCUGCUUGCGAAAUGCUGGACGCGGACGACCGGGCUGCCGUGCUCGACGUCUUUGACUCGAUUGGCACGCACCGCAAGACGGUUACGGUUGAGCGGACGAGGAUGUUUGUCGAGGAACGGGUUUGGAAGGCGAGGGAUCAAGGGAGGGAGUGGAAUUGGAUGAUUUUAGCGCAAGAGUUUCCGGGGGAGUGUUUGCCGAUCUGA